CUUAAAAAUGAGCGUUCCAAAACCCAGUAUUAUGUUCCAAGAUUCUUUUGAUGAAGACUGCAAUAUUCCUGAGGAGUCUCCAUUGGACAGCCCUCAGACUUAUUUGUCCAAGAAGUGCAAUUCUAGUAUUCUCUCCAGAGAUAAGGGAAAUAUUAAGAGUCAAGAGCUUGAUACCUUUAAGAAUUAUCUAGAAGACCAGUUCUCAUGUAGACAAGCCCUAAAUAAAGAUCUUGAGCUUGCCCAAGACAAGGACCACGAAGGCUCCACCCAGAUUAGGUCUGGAGAGUUCAGCUUUAUGGAUCUUAAAGAGAAAUUUAAACCAAGAAGUGAGGUCAAGGAUCUUCACAGAUCCUCCAGCCUUUCUAUUUCAGGAAACAACCUUGAGAGACACCUUUCUGGAGACAAUAAAAGACUCCAACAGAGCUGGGAAGACAGCGAAAACGUUGACUCCAACCGUCAAGACAAGAAAGAUAUGAAAAAUGAUGAUUACUCAUAUCUUCUCUUAAAACCCUCAAAUGUUGCACCUGUAACAAUGAGUGACAUUGAAGCUGGCAUAUAAGAUGCAGU